CUACAAAGAAAAAGACAAACCGAAAGAAACAAAAAAAAGUCGAACUCUUGGCUUAGAGGCUAUAGGAAAAUUGUGUAGAUACGGAAGGAUGAUUUAUUAUUCCUCGUAACAGAACGGAGAAAACGGAUUUGUAAUAGUCAGUCAAAGGAUUAAUUUUCAUUCUUUCUCCUUUCAAAUCGCUAAGUAUUUGACUGUUUUUGUUAUUGGUUUUUAAUAAAGUUUUUAAAACGGUAUCUCUCUUGCGGUUUUAUUGCUAGCAAUUAUUAGUCACGUGUUUUAAUUGAUCCUUGUUAAGUUAUUUACAAUUGUUUAUAUAAUAAUACGUCAAGGUACUCCCUUGGGUCUAGCUGUAGAGAUGAACUAAUUUGUAUUCAACUUUGGAGUUGUUAACCCGCAUAAUAAACUGACUAACGCUAACGGCGCGUGAGUUGACAAGACCAUAAGUUCAUGAAGCGCUGAGUUUCCUUGAGAUAGAACGGAGAAACGCUUUUGUAAUGGUGAGUCAAAAUUGAAAUAGAGAGUUUUCAUCUCCACUUUGUGUAUGUGUGUGUGUUUUGUUUAUAUAUCCGAUUUUAAGCGCUAAAUAAGAAGAUAUGUGUUGCUAGGCGAUCGCACCUCUUAUUCCUAUCUUUUUUAAAAAUAGACGUUCCACUCAUUAGGAACAAGAAUGGAGUUUAUUCAAGAACCAAAAGAGUUCGGGUUACUUUAGGAGCACCUGUUGUUUUCUAUAGAAUUUUUAUACCCUGUGCAUACUUUCUAAAGAGUCAAGUAAACAAAGAUUGACAUUUUUGCUUGAUAAGCAAUUCUUCGCUUCGCUGAGCUUCGACCUCGUUUUCAUGUUUUGCCCGAAAAAUUAAUACGAUUUCGCUUUCGCUUAGCCUCCUUUUCCCUUCUUUUGAAGUAAAGAUUGUUCAGUUAACCUCCAUGUCUUGGUUUUGUUUAUAACCGAUUUUUAGUGAAAAUAAUUUAUUUAAUGAUUAAAGAUUUUUCAUUUAGUAUAAUCUGCAAAGAUAACACGUUCAAAAUUUGCCCGCUUUUAUUUUGAACAUAUGACAGUUUCUACAAUAUCCAAUCAGACGACUAUAGCAAACAAUAUCUAAUCAGAAGACUAUAACAAAUAGCUAAUUAUAUAAAAAUCACUUUUCUGUUUAUAGAUUAUGAUCUCAACAUUUUUUGAUGACGUCAACUCUAGGAAAUUCUGACGUCACUUGCUCGUUGCCAGCUACAAAUAAACUAUGAUAUCAUCCUAUCUAUACGACAUGCAUGGGUCAUCGGCAUUAAUGUAAACUAUGACAUCAUCCUAUCUUAAUGAGAUGUAUGACGUCACCGGCGUUAAUGUAUUCCCCCCGCAAGUUAAUGAAAUUCCCCCGCAAAGAAAAGGUUAAUUCGGUCCCUUAUCCACUACUAUAAAGAUGGCUUCCCUGUUAAAUAACCAAGCGCAAACCAGACACCCCCUCGUUUUACUCCCGUGAGGGAAAUUUAUCACCGACGUAAAUAAAGAGAAAAAUCCGCAACCUAAGGGCCUGUUUACGUGGAGGUGGGGGACCCCAGGAAGGUGAGGUAGCCCGCUUAGGUUGUGUAACCCGCCUGUCCAUAAAAUCUCCCAUUUUAAUUUGAUCACGUUUACAUGAUAGGUGGAGGUGACCAUUUGAGAGAUUAUAUGGACAGGCGGGUUACCUCACCUUCCUGGGGUCCCCCACCUCCAUGUAAACAGGUCCCUAAAUUUUGCAGGCUUUCGCGUCUGCGUUUGUCAUGUUGACUUAGACAAAAAGUUUCUAACGAAUUUCUGGUCAUCUCUGUUGCUUUAGUAAACAAGAAUUACUUUGCUUGAGAGUGACACAUGCCAACCAGGGUGUUUAAGUGUACUCUGCUGAAGGGGCUAAACUCUCACACUCUCUCCUUACUCACCUAAAUAGCAAAAGGGAAAUGGGUGGCCCCUGAUAAACAGCUUGUUUUCAUCCCUUGUCAGGAGUCUUCAAGGAUGAAAAGGGACAUUGCAAAUCCCAAGGGUUUUGAACCACCCAUUUAAAUGGACCUGUUAACAUAAGGAGUUUAGCUUGAAGGGAGAGUUUUUUCAAUUUUAGCAUAGGAAUGUAGAUUUCCUUUUAGUAGCUGAGAGUUUAUUAUAUGACCGCUAAUUGCUUUAUUAUAAUUAUAUCAACGAAAGCUUCGUUUUUAUCCCUGGCUAAAGUUAUAUAUUAAGCACAGGUAGAAGUGUUUCCUUACACGGUCAUUCCUGUAAGUACCUUUCAACUUUAAAUAACAGGAAAGAAAAAUGAAAUUAGACUAUCGCGCCUUUAUUCCUUACAACGCUGUGUCUCCCUUUGCAGGUUGUAAACACAGGUAUGAAGGUUAUUGCACGCUCUGAAGCUGACAAUGUGGCUUGUCAUUUUCGACUUAUGCAGGAGGUAUGCAACAACCACCUUCACGCCUUCUCGAGCCGUGAAGAACGCCUCAUAUCAGUCUAUCCAAAUACAAUCGGCCGAGUAUAACUGGGUCAAACGCCGCACUUCACCCGAGCCCAACUUAAUUAUUUGAUCUGGGCUCAUCUGAAGAACGGUGUUUUAGCCGGGCCUUAAUGUCGAACUUCACAUGUGCCUAUCUAUUAUUCUCGCCCAUUUGCAUUAGGCUUGGUGCAUAUUAGAUUUCUUUAGUUAUUUCACAAAAUGUUAUAACGGUUUUUAUUGUUGUUAUUUCAAUUACUUAGGGUAUCGAAGCGUUGUUACCCUACAUAUCCAAGCGCAAAGUAGCUAUAACCCAGGAGGAUGUCAUAAGCCUUUUAACUCAAGACAGGCCCUUUUGCUCUGAGUUUUCAAGUACAACUAGGGACCAGCUCAGCAGUAUCGAAGGUUUGCUUCUCUCUCUCUUGUUUUCAUACCAAACUACACAGUACACGUAAAUAUUUACAUAAAUACGUCUUCCAAUUCUGUUCUCUGCAAAUGUUAGGUGGCUAUUUCCUGGAAAAAACACUCUAGGUUGCCAAUUAGUACUUCUUUUUACUUACUUCAGUUAGCAGGAAACCUUAAGGUAUGAAGAGAAUUGUAGAAGAUAGAAAUUAAAUAUGGAUAAUACCAUUUAUUUGUUAAAAAAGGAAUAAUGUUUAGCAUGUUUCUUGUCUGAUUGCCUUUAAGAUAUCACUUAAUAAUUUCAUAGGACUGUUAAACACAAACACAUACUUUGUUUACAGGUAGCCAUUACGACUCCUGAAGGAGGGUCAUGUUGUUAUCCCUAUAGUAAGAUCUGUCCUUACAGACAACCCACCCAGCCCUGGAAAGGUUGGCCACACCACCGGGAUCUACCUCCCCUAGACGCGUACAUUGAGUUGCACUCUUUGUACCUGACUUUUCACUAAUAUUAUGUGUAUUUGCUUUAUAGGUCAAGGCUGUAUCGUGUACCUUUAUGAACCAACAGGACCAUACAGGUGAGUGGUUAUUUAUAAUAGGUUCUUAAGUUGUGGUUCUAUCUUACCGCAGAGUCAUGAAACUGAAGCCAAAGGCUCCCAUAAUGGGGUUUAUUGUAUGAAUAACUAGAGCAUCCCGCCAUAUGGAAUAAAAACAAUUAAGGAGAAAAAACGAGAUUAAUACAUAUAAAAUUAACUUUUGUAGAAUGUGUAGUUAAAUCCCCCACCCCGCUAAAAUUUCCGUUCCAGGGGGCGCUUGCCAUGCCUCCUUACCCCCUGGAAUUUCACUGGUGCUCUGUUUUUUUCGUCAGCAAGGCUGUAUAAUGCGAAAAGUACAUGUUUGUGGGAUAAAGUGAGAAAAAAAAUCUUAUCAUGUUAAUACAUGGUCUAAUAAAAUCAAUUUUGCCCUGUAGAGGUUUUUCUUAGCUAAUAAUUAACGGUAAGCCACUGCCGAAGAGCCAUGGAGAUGAUACAUUCACUAAAAGAUAAAGUUACCUUUAAACUAACACCGAAUGGACUUAAAUUAAUUCCUUUCAGUUAAAACAUGUAAGAAGAAGGCUUAGAGCACGAUCACAUUACGGUGCAUACCACAACAGUGUAAUAAAGCAACAGCUAAAUGACUGGAAGUUUAUUCAUGACCGAUGACAAUUGCAUUAAAACAAAUAAAUGAAAAAAGCAUUCAGGCGACCCUAAUUAAAAGAUUAAUAUAUAGAUUUAGCCAGGGCUAAAAGCGAAGCUCCCAUUAGUAAAUUUAUAAUUUAAAUCAAACAAUAAACUUGUAAUCCACAAAUCAGUUAACUUUAAGGGAAAGCUAAGGCUAAGUGAUUUUAGAGUGCAAAAAAAAUCUUACAUCGAAUUGAUAGCCGUAUAUAUACACCCAAAAAAUAGCAAUCAUCUUCGAUCACAUUUUAGAGCCAUAAUGGCUCUUGAUCACAGUAGAUUAGGCCUGGAAAACGAAUUUUUGGGAAACAAAUCAGGCCGAAUUUUUUGCUUUCGACAAGUUUACUUAACAAAAACUUGCCAACAACUCUGGGAGCGUGUAAACCAACAUUUCAUACUUUUUAUACAUCACAUCUGAAACAGUGAUAUGACGCGUUGUUUUUAUCAUAUAGACCUCGGACAAAAUGCAGUAUUUCACAAUUUUUCAAGACAAAUUGCACCCAUUCAAUAUUCAGAACCGUACGAAGCACUCGUGGGCUUUUAGCAAAACCGUUCAAAAAAUUUCCAAAAUCAUUUAUACGGCCAGCCGGUUGUCUCUUUUGACAAGCGCCAAAUUUUCAGUGAACAUUAAACGAGUUACGCUUCAACAUAAUAAAGAAUUCAUUGUGUUUAUUUUUUUUAUUAAAUGGUUUUAUAACGAUGUGCAAUCUUAAAAAAGCGUUUGAUACGAGCAGCAUUUUGAGUACUCCUGCAAGCGUUGUUUAUGAACGACUGAAAACAAACUGCUGGGCGAUUAAAAUUGUAAGAGACUACUAACAAUCAAUAAAAGAAAUGUAAUUCGGUGAAACAUUUACAGAGACAACAAUUUUCAUUCACGAAGACAAGUAUUAAAGCGUCUCUAAGAACUGAGUCUUUAAGCUUAAGCUUAAAGCUUUUAGCCGGCUUCCUGGUGUUUACUGUUUUCAAAGAUGAACUCGAGGCAAGAAAACCGCUCAAAGCUUUCUUUCUACAGCCAAAAUUAUAACUAAAUACUCUUCGGAAAGUUUUUCGUUCUAUAUGCGGAGAGAAAAUAUCGACUAAAGGCUUUUUAAAGUUCUGUAAGCUUAUAUAUACUAGAUCAGAUCAUUGUCUCAGAUCUUAACACAAACGUGCAUAAAUUAGCCUGAUAAACUGCGCUCGACUUCAUGAAAUUAGAUAUAAAAAAACAAACAUACACUGGAUACAAUAAUUACUUAGGCUUACCAUUCGAGAUGCAGCUCUUGAAAGCUAUAAAGUAAGGCCAGAAUCGCUUGAGGGACUUUUCAACCCGCAUCCAGCAAGGUAAAAACGAAAGCGAUGCAUCCGAAAUCGGAUUUCCAACUUUGGCAACCGGCGCAUUUCCCGACCAAAAAUUCAAUAAACAAACCAGCCAUGAAUCAAAGAAGACUGUUGAUAGUAGCUGUAUUUCAUUUUAAGCAUCCAGUGGAAAAAGACAGUAAAAAACAUCAGAAGUUGACAAAAUACUCUGUCAGCUUCAGCUGUCAAACUGAAAGUAAACAAGGUUCAAGAUGCUGUAUAAAUUUUCUGCAUGAACUCACCUGUCAAAUUUUGACCAAUCAGAGCAUAAAAAUUGGACGGUCGUAGAGCGUGAUCAACGCGUGUCUAUGGUGAGAAAAGUGAAAAGCCUCUGUCUUCCCUGUUUGUCUUUUUAAAUGACUGGCUGAAUUUUCGAGUCCGAGAUGAGUUUGAAAUCAAAAUGUUAAUAGCGCGGGGCCAUUGUGACAUUAACACAACACUUUCUGUCAUCAUGUCAUUAUUUUGCUGCCGUUCUCUUUGCCUUUGUAUUUCUCUUUCGCGUUGCCUUUGUCUGUUCAUUCUAGCUCCGUCUCGUUCUACUUGCCGGCGUUUUUCACUAUAAUUUUCUCUCCUUCUCGCUCUGACUCUUUCCACUUGCUUUCUUUUUUUCAAAACCAGUUGCGCGAUAUAAUUGCGCGACGUUGCGCCAUGCGAUUUCCCGCCAAAAAAAUCUCUACUUUCCCCUACCCGAAGAGUCCAUGCGGACUACUUUCCACUACCCGGAAAGUCCGUACGGACGGACGUACGCUACGUCAUAACCAAAUUUUCUGGGAUGGAUAGUUUACCAAAUUUUCUUACCCAUGGUGCUCCGCUGCGCGCGCGCGAAGCGCGCGCGGGAGCUCCGCUAUGAAUACAAUAAUUCUUGUUUUGAAACACCCGUUAACAGUAAAUAACUAAUGGCUUGCUCAACAGAGCAGCAGUUAGUUUUUAAUAACCAGCCAAGCAUACUCGAAGCCCCCGGAAAACGACCUCAUAAAGCCACUCCCCACCCCUUUGGAAAUUGCCUCCUUUUAAAUCCCCCUCCCCCCUCCCCCCCGCGUUUCCCUUGUCCUCCGUGAGGAGGGUAUGGAUAUUUUUUUGGAACUACACAAUAUUGGUUUUGUUGGAAACAGCAAAUGAAAAUUGAAAUACCUUUUUGAACCCUGCUACCAACAUACUGAAGUCGAAUUUACUGCCAGCUUUUGAAAUAUGGUACCUCUCGUUUUAGUGCGAUCACAAUUUACAUUUUUUCACUCUUCGCCUAGCUUGUUGACAACAGUUUUUGGCGUCAGAUUUGUAUAGGUGACGCCGUACUUUAAUACGAUGUUAAAUCUUUUACAAGUCGUUGGCCUUGAUUACUCUGAAGUUUUGAACUUCCUCUGAACAUGUGUUUCAGUGGGUACACUUGCUUCAUCUGGUUUCACUCUUUUCCUUUGUCUUCCUUAAGAUCAUUUCGUUGUUAAUUCUCACUCUCUUGAUCUAUCUUGGUGAAACGGUCUGAGCACUAUCUCUGCGCUCCCUAUAUAUUUUAAUAUUAAGAGAACGUUUGACCCCCUCUGAACGUUACUUUGAGAUGGUAAGAUAGGUUUAAACUAAAUGCCGUUUCACAAGUUUUUCCUUUUUCAAAAGUUGAAAAAUCCAAACUGUUUGCCUCCCUUCCAUUUGGGAUUCUUAAUAUUCUUAUGUUGAAUUUGACUAUUAUUUACUUGUUCCCAAAAACGAUUGCGCUGUUAAUAGUGCUGAGAGUAAAUAAUGAUCAUUACUUUUUUACGAAGUUUUUGGUUAUAUUUGUGAGGUCUUUCAUACAUAUGUUGAAGUUGAAUAUGAUCUUUGGUUCUCUCUUUAUUUUUUGUGUUAUAUGCAAUGAUUUUGAAGCAAAAGGAAAUAAAAGUUUAUCCAGGAAUUAAUUGGAACAAACAGUGUUGUGCCAUCGCGGUUUAGAGGUUACCCAUAUGCUCUUCACCUCUUUAGUUUUCCUGUGUGUAUGCAGCGUUGCUAUCAGACUAGCAAAAAUCUCCUAGUCUCCAUUCCAUUAUAGCAAAGGGUUAACUAGGCUUGUGCUUCCGUGAUCUUUGUAAUUGUAAUGGCGUUCGAUGUGAGGGCGACGCAAUCUAAUCUCAACGCGCGAAAAGCCAGGGCAUGAGCAUUUAGCAGAAAGAAACUCGAUUUUGAGUGGGUUGGGCAAGGUAAGGCAAGGUACAGGAUACGAAAAUACGUCAGCCUCCUCGUUCCCAGAGCCCUUCGUUUCUCUCGGUUGCGUGGUCUUUGAAACAAGCGCUUUGGCGAAAAACAUGUUUAGAAAUGUUAAAGGGGACAUCCAGAAUGCUCAACUGGGUUGGUGUACAUUUAAAACGACAAGAAAAAACCAGCUGGUCAUACCGUUGGUUUGGAGAACUAAGGCAAGUAAUCGACAAGUCAUCCAACAUUAAGAAUUCAUUUCGGCAAAUUACUUUUUGGAAAGCAUCUGUGGGAAAUAUCAGUAUCGCUCCUUUUUUUGUUAGAAGAAAACUUUCAUCAUUUUGAGUAACCGUUUUGUGAACUCGUUGGAGCUAGAAGUGUUUUAAAUGUCAGAAUGUUUUGUGUUUAGUUCAUUAGGAGAAUAAAAUUAGAAUAGUACUUUCUUGUGCUUUUAAUACUAACAACGUCGUUAUAUUACACUCGAGUUAUAUUUAUUCAGAAAAUCUUCAUAAGCUUUAAAGACAAUGUUGAUACUCUGGUCUUUAUAUUAAAGAAAGCUACAAUACCCUUCACAAAUCGUUGAAACUGACCCCGUUUCUCGUAAAUUUUCUCGAAACUUUCUUACAUUCAAUCUUCGCAAUUUUUUUCUCACUCAAAUAAGCCCCACUCCUUUCUCAAUGUUGAGCCACGCGUAUUUUGAAGCACUAAGAUGACUGUAAUACCCAAAUCAACAUUGGGGAAGGGGAAACGCACACAAGUGUUUCAAGAUUUUUGACGAGCAUUGUAGUGUCUGUAAAACCCAUCUCCCUGAUUAAAUUCGUCUUCAUAAUUCACUGAUUUGUUUAAAGGACUACACUUUGGUGACAAUUAUCUUCAACGUCCAUUCCAAUGGUAAACAUUCGAACGUACUCACUAAUCCCCCAUUACUGCUAGUUUCUAUUAUACCAGUUAACAGGUCCGGAUGCUCAAUAGUCACAAGUAAGGCGAUACAUCUUUUGUGUGGACUGGUUUUUGAGAAGCCUUAUCCACGGCAACAGAGAUCACAGUUACUCCUCUCCGACACAUUUUUCUUCUGUCUUUUUUGUUUGUUUGUUUGUUUGUUUGUUUGUUUCAGUAAACCAGAAGACACCAUUGGAUGUAGACUUAUAUUUUGUGGCUGGAAAGCUAAGGUAUCAACUCGACUUCAAAUUAGCAAGUUUGACAAGGCACACUACCAAGUACUGUGUGGGGCACCUACUGAAGAACGCAAAGGUAAAUGAAUUUUUUACUUUUUCCAUUGCAUUUUUUACUAUAUUGGAACCUUUUUGUAAACCCAAUUGUUAGAUUUUCUGCUCUAUAAAAUAUGUAUCAUCCUCGAGUCGUGAUAAACAGUCAGUGCCAUUUCUAGCAAUGUUUCGAUUUCUUAGCAGACCCCAUUUAAUGGGCUGUUAAAUGACAACAUAAUUAAUAAUAAUGACCUUUGUUUACCUUUGGCAAUAUUUAUAGCACUUAUGCUUGUUGGGUUGGUCGGAGGCAAAGCAGUUGGCUAUUUACAAGCAAGCAUGACCGAGGAGUCGAACAAAUCCACCUAGUGGUCAAGGCGGUACUUAAACUCGGGGCCUCCGAAUUGCACGUCCAGUGCUCUAAACUCUCGGCCACACUGCUUCCGUAUUUUCUUACAUUGUAUGCUGAUUCCCGUUGUCGAUUACGUGAUCUUCCCAGCGCAUUAAUAUGGCCGAUACUCUCCUUGAGUAAAGUCAAAUAAUAUGCAUAGAGAACAAAGUAGGAAAAUGAUUAACUUUGGACGCGCGAACUAAAGAAAUAUUUUUUACCGCUGACGGGAAUGUUUUAGUAUCAGAAUUUUUUUACUGACUUAUUGGCUUUCUUAAAACCAUGGAGUUUCAACCGUGUUGUUUUUCGACCUGUCAAUCCCUAACACUACAGUAUUUUGUAACGUAAGUAUACCCGACAGGUUUUAUCCCUCUCCCCACCCCAUCUAAGGCUUUGUUCACAAUAUAACGGAUUUCUUUUGCGCCGGUACGGAAAUCAUGGCGGAUAGAGCCUCUGUUAAAACACAAGAAUGGUGACUUUGGCGCGAUUUCUUUGACCAAGCGAAGCUGCGCCGGGCCGGUCUCAAGAACUGGAGCGUCACACAUCGGGUAGGUUCAGUGCUACACGUUUGUGCAGUGUGAACAGCUAUUUGGACCGUAGCGGAAGUGAAUAAGUAGGAAAGAGAACUGAAACCCACUGAGACGGAAGUAAAUAUUCAGGUGUGAGGACAUCAACGAAACAUCAACAUUUCCCAAACUAGAGAACUUCGAAAAUAAAUAGACUAGUUCAAUUUGUAGACUAGUAGUUUCCAUUGGCCGAUGAAGUGCUGCACGUAGAGUGCGUGACAGUCAAGUGCAAACACAUCCAUGACAUAUACGUAACCUCAGACGAGUAGUUGAAGUUCAAAUUAGCGUGAUUUUACUUGAACCGUGAAACAGUUAAUAACAACUAGUGCAAAAUAGCUACAAGUAAACAAAAGAAGACAAUAGAAUAAGUGCAUAAUAGUGCGUGGUAUUCUACUACCUAUUUCACAGGUUAAGUAAAAUCACUAUAAAUACAUGCAAGAAAGUGAAUCUGCAAUAUCGAAUCUGUUUAACCGUAGAGUUCCAGUAACUGCGUCAAUAUUCUGAGAUACUAACGCCUCAAUACACCACGAAGCAGGAUUUCCUCCGCUAUGAUAUUUCAUGUCCUACUUUAUCGACGGUUGAGUAUUCUUCAGGGUAUUUGCUUUUUAAUACGCGUGUAUGAAUACACGAAAAUCGGGGAAAAUUACAUCAUUUCUAAAAAGCCAGAACGUGAUCAACUACACGCUUCACCUCAAUCAUUGCCGAGAAUAAACGGUCUCCGCUAGGAACGCCCGGGAACCCGACCUCCCUUUUGUGUCCUAAAUACGAAGAAGAAAAACGGCUUGCAGAUUAUGACUCUCGGUGCUACGCAACCUCGAGUAAUGAAGUAUGAUCCUCGCAGUUGUGAACGCAAUUUAUGCAAUUGUGUAAGAAGCCUGGGGAAAAAAUCAGCACUUCAACGGGGUUUGAACCCACGACCUAGUGCGAUGCUCUAACCAACUGAGCUAUGAAGCCACUGAUGGUGGGAGCUGGUUAAUUAAGUGUUCAUAUAUUCCCGUGAAAAAGAUGAAUGUGACAGAUGUAUAUGAAAUGAAUCAUAUAAGAACUGCGAAAAUGAAAUCAAAUUAAGGGAACAUUUUUUUCUGGCUUCUUAAGCAAUCGCAUAAAUUGCGUUCACAACUGCGAGGAUUAUUCUUCAUUUGAUUUGAGAAUUUUGACAAUUGAAAGUAAUUUGAGUAACCUCAACGCGUAUGCUCUCUAGCUGACAUAGCCCCUUUAAAGAACCAAACCCCCUGGGCCAACCGCUCGGGCGGCACGAUGCUUGAUGUGUGUGAACGACUUGUUCCAGUUCUGUGCCGCUACUGUUUACAUUAAACCGGAUUGCUUUUCGUGUCGGCACAAAAAGCUAUCCGGUAUAGUGUGAUCAUAGUUCAAACCCUACUGUUCCAGGUCUGACGAGUGAUACUGGUCUAAGUUACUAUUGCAUUUGCUUACGGACAGGAACCAAAAUUACCCAAAAACAAGAACAAGUAAAUGAAACCACUGAAACAGACAGUGGGGAGGUAGAAGAAGCUCAACCAAGCGCUGAUGAAGAAGAACAACAUGCAGGUUUUAUUGGUGACGUUCUUAAUGUGGACGCUCCUGAAGGGUCAUUAGACGUAGGAUUUAUCUGA